UCUCGCUUCUCAUUUUCGCCACCACAACGCCAUCCACUACACACCACUUAACUCCUCCGCAUAUGUUGUCGGAGCUCCGGCUCCCUUAACGGAGCCUCAGCUCUCACCUAUACAUAUACACGCACCUAUCUCUAUAUAUCGCUAUAAAGCUUUGGCAAUCUUGUUUGCAUUUUACUUUUAGAUCUCAAAACUACCAUAGAAUGUCGAAUCCUUGGGGAAAAAUCGGCGCAUGGGCAGACGAAGGAGAGCGAGCCGAAGCCGAAGAGAGAGAAGCAGCGGAGGCUGCCGCAGCUGCUCAAACCACGGCUUCCGUCGGCGCUGGCGCUGGCGACUCCCGGAGCUUUCCGAGCCUGAGAGAAGCCGCGGGCACGAAACAAAAGAAGAAAACCAAGAUGAGCUUACAAGAAUUCUACGGAUCAUCCAGCUCGGUGAGACAGGAGGUUGGCUUGACUCCCUCUGAAAUGCUUCGGCUUCCGACGGGUCCGAAAGAGCGGUCUGCUGAUGAAAUGCAGUACGGCCGUAUCGGCGGAGGGUUUUCGAGUUAUGGAGCCCGGUCUAGUGGGCCACCACCGAGUCGAAAUCGUGAUCGGGACAUGGAUGGUGAUAAUUCGUGGGCCAAUAAUCGAAGAUCUUAUGGCGGAUUUGAGGAUGACCGGAGGGGUCCCCCUUCUAGGGUUUCUGAUUUUGAUCAACCCUCACGGGCCGAUGAGGUCGAUAACUGGGCACUGGGUAAGAAACCUUUACCUUCAUUGGAUUCUAGAGGGCCCACUCGGAAUAGUUCUCUCGGGGGCGAUGGUGGUGGAUUUGGAGGAGGCUUUUCUAGGGCUGACGAGGUUGACAAUUGGGCAGCUACUAAAAAGUCAAUCCCGCAAAGAUCUUCGAAUUUCGGCUCGGGUUUUCGCGAUUCGAGGGUUGAAAAUGAUCGGUGGAUAAGGGGAGGAAUGGGGGAUGGAGAUCAAGGACGGCGCAAAUUGAUUUUGGAUCCUCCGAGAAGGGAAGAAUCUGUGGUUCAAGUGGUGAAGUCUAAUAAGCCGAAUCCAUUUGGGGCGGCGAGGCCUAGGGAAGAGGUUUUGACGGAGAAGGGUUUGGAUUGGAAGAAAUUGGAUGCGGAGAUUGAGGCUAAGAAGACUAGUAGGCCGACGAGCUCACAUUCUAGUAGGCCUGGGAGUGCGCACUCGAGAGAGUCGGAGGGUCCUGCAUUACAUGGAACGGAAGGGGCAGUAAAACCAAGGCCAAAGGUGAACCCUUUUGGGGAUGCUAAACCUAGGGAGGUUUUGCUUGAAGAGAAAGGGUUGGAUUGGAGGAAGAUUGAUCUGGAGUUAGAGCAUCGAAGUGUUGAGAGGCCUAAAACAGAGGUGGAGAAGAACUUGAGAGAAGAUAUAGAACACCUGAAAAAGGAACUUGAGAUAGAAUCUGCUUCAAACCUUGACAAGGGGGCACUGCAAGGGUCUGGUGAGGGAAAAACUAGUUUACAUGAACUAAUACUUCAAAAAGAGAGGGACUUGGAACUUCUGAUCCUUGAAUUGAAUAACAAAGUCCGAUUUGGUCAGAAAGCUAUUGACCGACCAGGUUCUGCAGCAGGGAGGGUUGCCAGCUAUACUGAGAGACAAAUUGAACGGCCAGGUUCUGGAGCAGGGAGGGCUGGUGGCUAUCCUGAGAGGCCACCUUCUCAGUCUGGGGCAUCUGACGAGUCUAGAGGAGUUCAGUUUAUGGAGAGACCUCAAUCUCGUGGCACAAGAGAUGCAUGGACGAGGCAGGGUGAUGACAGAAGAGCUUUCCAAAGUGGCAGGGAUAGAAGAUUUUUGGGCGACAGAGAUGUGGACAGGUCAAGAUCGAGGGAGGGAUGGUGAACUUUAGUUGCUGUUGAUUCAUUUGAGUUGUCUCUACAUCUGAUGAUUAGAUCAGGAACAAUAUUUUGUUAUCAUUAUUGAUUUUUCUCUUGAUUUUGCUUUGAGGAAUGAGGCUAUCAUUGACUACCGGCAGUAAUCACUCUUGGUUGAUCGAUUUUUCAUUUUAAAACUGUGUAAAAUUGCUUUUUUAUUUCCUUCACGAUUUUGUCCAUAUCAAGGCAGUUACCCUAUUUUGUUUAUUGUUCUUGAGACUCUAAUUCUGAUGUACAUUCCAGGUCUUCCUGGUCCUUGUUUCUGUGUAUUUCUUUCGUUUUUCUUCGUAACAUUUGUUCCAGGCCUUGUACAACCUAUAUGGUCUUGCACUUUCUGGGAGGCUAUUACUGUUGCUAUUUAUGUUCU